UGUGCCCAAGAAGAAUUGUCGCAAGAGACAUCGGUCACUAAUAUAUCGACCUCUGAGUAUGGAACUGAACUGAAGAUCUGCAAAGCAAUGGAGCAGGAGUCAGUCGAGCCCGUACUGAACAGUGUUCUUUUGGACUUGUGGGAAGCAGCAGCAUUCCCGUUGUUGUCACUUGCUGACAUUUUUCAACUAUGUGGUGUUACGAGACGCGUCCGCGACCUGCUUCAUAAUGAAACCAUAUUCAGGCGUCUAUGUCAGAAUCGCUAUCAGAUCAGUCCAAAUUUGAAACUGUCCUACAUCAGAGUUGCCAAGCACCUCUACAUCGCCACCAGAGUAUCCAGCAUACAUGAAAGCAUACCUGAUUCUGGCAAUGACUGUGUUGUGCAAAAUGAUGAUCCUCAUGAUCAAUAUCAGGUGUUCAAACAAAAAUACUCAAUGUUCGUGCAAUUGUGCAGCCUGGCGAAGAUGCCGACUACAGGACAGAUCCACACCAUUGUGCGGUACAGCCUUCCGCUAAAGAAGCCUUUGAUCAGUAUGCUUUGGCUGUCAUCCCAAGCCACAUCUUCCUACCUACCCAACCUUUCAACUUCAAUGAUUGAAACAUAUUGUAGAGUAUGGGAACAACAGGCGAAGUACAGUUUAGCAGACGCCACGAAUUUGUUGUUGGAGAUGUGCGGCUCCCACGAAGAGUACCAAACAUGUCUCCUGAAAAACCUGGAGCAGAAUAUUCCGGAAACGGCAUCAUUCUUACCCUACGUGAACCGCUCUUGUCGGCUAGUGGAGGUUGCAAAAUGCUUUGAAAGAUUUGCAAGGAGGGAUUCGACAUGGCUCUCAUCAUUAACAUGUGAGAAUCUAAUACGAACACUUCCUCAGCACAUUACUACUCGUUGGAGCUACAACUCAUACGACUUUGUACCAAUAGAGGAAGGUGACAGUGACCUCAGCCAUGACGUGUUAGCCACCCAUAACUGGAUCAACUUCACCAUAAAGUUAGCAGAGUGUCACUCAGUACUCAAGCUCCUGAUCAAGGGCAGCCUACGUGUAUCGCAGUUGGAGGAUUACUUCUUGGCUGUCGUGGCGUACGACGAGGUCUGGCACUGUCUGCUCCAGUCUAGUCGCCCCAAUCGGGAGGUUCUCUUUCGUGACCUGGGAGGCUACCUACUCUCCACAGCACCUGGGUCGAGUUAUGAAAAGGAACUGACAAUAGGGGAACUGCUGGACGCCAUGGACCAGUGUGGCAGCGCGACCCUAGAAGUGCAGGAGAAGUUCUAGUCCCGGCUGCCCCAGUCUAGGUGCCCCAGUCCGGAAAUUCUCUACCCUGACCUGGGAAGCUACCUACUUUUCACACUAUCAAUGCCAGUACCAAGGUCGGAGUGUGAAAAGGAAGUCACAAAAGAGGAACUGCUGAACGCCAUGGAACGGUGUGGCGAGAAGACCUUUAACAGUGCAACCCGAGAAGUGUGUGACAAUGUGUUCGACAGCAUGUGUGACAGCGCGUCCAGCGAAGUGUGUGACAGCGCAACCCGCAAAGUGUGUGUCAGUGGACGUGAUUCUUCUUGUGUCCUGUUU